CAACGAAAACAUUUACGAAGUUGCGUUUGAUCACUAAUAAUGUUGUCAUCCACAAAUAAGAAACGCGUUAAAAAAGUAAAGAAGGAUCCUAAUCCAUUAUUUACUAAAUGGUUAACAGAAUGGCUAGAUGAAGCUGCUGCUAAAGGGACAAAGUGCCAUUUUUUAUAUGUAAAAGCACUGCGAUCACUCAGCAAGUACCCACUUGUACUGAAAAGUGGAAAAGAGGCAAAACUUCUGAAAUAUUUUGGUGAUAAAAUCUGUGGGAUGUUGGACGAAAGGCUUGCGAGACAUCGGUCAGAAUUUGGUGACGAGGAGAGUAGCACUGAUAGUGAACCCGUGCAACAGCAACCACUGUCGCUAGCAUCCACGUCCUCGUUAGUGCACCAACGCCAGCAGCUUGUUACCGCCACUGGUCUGCAGAUGAACACGGCCAAUGAGCGUCAGCGUCAAUCGCAGGUGCGCACACCAGGUGGCAGCAGUGGCUCGGACAAGUUGGCGAAUCAACAGCGUAAAAGACAAAGAGGGCGUGGAGAAAUCUGGAUCCCUAGAUACAGAUGUGGAACAUAUGCCAUUCUGAUCACUCUCUACAACAACAUGCAGGAAUCGGAGAGUAAGGGCUGGAUGAGUAAGGUUGAGCUACAGACAAAUGCUCAGCCUCUUUGUGAUAACUCAUUCACACAGAAAGAGCCUGGUCAGUACUACACCGCUUGGUCAUCCAUGUCAACGCUCACCAAGAAGUUGCUUGUCAUUAAGCAAGGAAGCCCUGCCAGAUACUUCCUCACUCCAGCAGGAAUUGAGAAAGCACAGCUGUUGCUGAAUGCCGAUGGUUGUGGCAGUGGCACACCCGUGAGUGCGAGUGAACGGCAAGGCUCGUCACCACGAAAGAAGAAGUGCGGGACACGGGAGAAACACGCAAUCACAGCACACCAGGAAUGUUCCGUAGAGUCAAGACGAGGGCGUGACGUUCUGCAGAGCGUUAUGCUAGAGUCCGACGAUUCCUAUCAGGGAUUAAGGGACAGCUUCUCAGUCGGAUUGAGCUCUGUGAAGGAAGGUUCCUUCGAUGACAGUGCCAGGGUGAUGCAGAAGCCUUGGACGUGCUUGUCCUCUAGUUCAGAUGAAGAAAUGCUACAGAAGAGAUUCGAAUUCUGGUAUGUCAACUCGGAGGGAAAGACUAUAAAAAGCAAAGAUAACGCUGCAGUAAAAAUUGAUGAUGUUACUGGAGACCUUGGCUUUCUCAUUCAGUGUGAAGCUACACACCUAGAGGCAACUGGGAAGCUGUACACACGAGAUUACACCAGGCCUUCGGUGGUCGGCUGCGUUUAUGCGUAUCUCUCUGACCGGGAUGCACCCGAACUGUGCUCCCAUGCAGCUCACAUCGUCGAGGCGCGAGGAGCGAGAUCUGAUUCCGUGCGCUCGUCAACAGCAGUGACGCGCACGGAUACGGCCGCGGCAACGGAUGCGGCCCAAAUAACAUCGUCUGCGUCGAGGGCUUCAGUUUCGUCAGCAUCUUCAUCGGUACCGAGAUUAACAUCGUCGUUGGGAUCUUUCGAUGCCGUAUCGUCAGAUUCUUCUUCAGUGACGGUGCUGAGACUGCCGCCAGCAUCUUCAUCACUAGCAGCUACGGUGGUGCCAUCAGCAUCGAUGGCAAGUCUGGUUAAGCCAGGUAGCCAACAGUUGGGUGUUCAUAUUCCUGGCAGCAGUACUGUACCAAGUUUUUCCCUGAGUCCUGGUUCGUUUGAUAUUGUCCUGUGUGUUGACAAUGGUGAGACAAGGCUGGGGCACAUGUGUCAGGAACUGAAACUGAAUGGAGUUGACUUUGACGUCAGGAAGCUUCAGGUGGGAGACUUUCUGUGGAUAGCAAGGGAGAAGAUUCUGCCAAAACCUGGUCAGCUGAGAGUGCCAGUACGCAAGGAGCUCACGUUAGAUUUUGUCAUAGAGAGGAAGCGCAUGGAUGAUCUCGCUGGCAGCAUCGUCGACGGUCGCUUCCGAGAGCAGAAAUUUAGAAUGAAGAACUGUGGGCUACGGCGACCGAUCUACCUCGUAGAGGAGUACGGGUCCGCGAAGCACUACAGUGUCCCUGAGCAGACCCUGAAACAGGCUAUCACCAACACGCAGGUUGUUGAGGGAUUUCAUGUUAAGGAGACUCAUAAUAUCCAGCAGUCUGCCGCGUACCUUACUGUCAUGUCGAGGUAUCUGCAAAGUAUUUACUUGGGUAAGACACUGUGCAGCUGCGGCAAAGAAGAGUUGAGCAACACACAAAUGAAUCUCUCUGCGCAUAGACAGCCCCUACUUACCUUCCAAGAGUUUAGCGAUGGAAGCAUAAAGGACCGAGUAAUGACGGUCACAGAGGUGUUUGCGAAGCAGUUGAUGCAGAUCUCAGGUGUGUCGGCUGAGAAGACGCUGGCCAUCGUCACCAAGUACCCAACACUUGUAAGGUUGAUGGAGGCAUAUGAUGAAGUGCCAGAGAAGGACAGGGAGUUGCUGCUGUCUUCUCUCAAGCAUGGUCAGCAAAGAAAUCUAGGUCCAACUCUGAGUAGAGUCAUCUACCGGCUGUAUUCAUCACAUACACUACCUUGAUAGUUCUAAAGGUGGAGAAGAGAAGAACCACCAGUAUACAUGUAAGUUGGAUCUGUAAAUGCAUUUCAUUUGCCAUUAACAGCUUUUGGCCCCACACGUUUAGCAAGUAAAUUUUAUUUUGUGUGUGCUUUGGGGUAAUUUUAGCUGUUAAUUUAUUAGUGUGUGUGCUGCUAUAGUGAAAAUAGUAUCGUUUCUGACUGUUGUUCCUCGGUGGAAUAUGUUAUGCCUCCUGUAUCUUUAUAUUGUGUAAAAACUUGUAUUUGCUACCACUAGGUGGCACUGGUUGAUAGAAUGGCACUUACCAGCAGCUUCUUUGGCCGCUGUCCAGGUAUAAUAUUAGUUAUAUAUAAUAUUAUAUUAUUGUCUAAAAGGUCCAGCUUGUUUAUAUGAAGUGGAUUCGCAUAUGACAAUAUUUGGAGGUGUUCUAUGAAAAAUAGGAAGCGCAUUUAUGAUUACUUGUAGGAAGUUCCUUGUGUUCUUUGUUUUUGUUCCAGAAAGGUAUAGUUGUAAAAUAUUUUUAUUCGUGAGAGAAAAGCAGUCCUAUACCUUAUUGAAGGAAUAGAAUACGCACCCAGAAAAUAUGUAAAUGCUUUUUGUUUGUGACAGCGAGGAAAUCUCUCUCGUAUUGUGUUGUAAUGACAUGUUGCACCAUAAAAUUUUUAUCAUUUUGACUUUUGAGUCCAAUUGUGGUUGUUUUUUGUAUAAACGAAUUGUAAAAAGUAUAAAUAUAUAAUGUAUGUGUUGAGUGAGCCAAAAUAAGUAUUUCUUGUAAAAAAUUUAAUAAAAACAAAAGUUAGGUUCUACCGAGAUUUGAACUCGGAUCGCAGGAUUCAGAGUCCUGAGUGCUAACCAUUACACCAUAGAACCAUUUCUGACCAACUUGUUCAGAAACAUGUAGUAGUGUGUUCAUUGGUGGAAAAUGUGAUCACGUCAGGAUGUAUCACGUGACUAAACUGCAGUAGGAUGGGUAAUCGUGGAAUGAAACCGGUUUGAUAUCGUCAAUGUUAUGAAAGCGCAUUACGAUUGCAUGUUUUCCGGUCAAAUAAACUUGUUUUUGUCUCUUGUAAACAAUA